AUGAAUUUUAUAUUCUUUUUUAACAUAUUACUCCGGUAAAGCAUUUCCCUUGAAAUUACAUCUGAAGUAUAGACUCUUUACUAUUAUCCAGGGGAAAACAAAUACACUCCAGAACUUAGAUAUUACGUUCCAUUUGAGUAACAUUUAUUAGACUCAAAAGAUGCUCAAUUUAAUAUAGAAUUAAUGCAAGAAGUUAAAGUGGAGAAACAUCAUUUACCUUUUAUUUCGGAUUAAACUUAAUUAUACUACUUUCAAAAUAUAACAAGUGAAUAGGACAACAUGAUAAUGGUGUUGGAUAACUCAAACUUGUAUUGCUUAUAUUUAAUUAAAAAUUAUUUUUUGAAUUAAUAAUUAGUCAUUAUCCCACACUUUUGUAACAUUACCUUACCAUACCAAUCAUGCAGCAACCUAUUAUAAAUAAAGAAUUAAAUUAUUAUUAGUAAUUGCUAACUUAAUUCAAACUAGGUAGCCAUUUCUAUUAUUAAUUUUGAUGGUAAAGUAUUGGAUGAAAAGGUCUUUGAAAUUGAAUCUACUUGUAAAUUGCAAAUCUCCUAUGGGGAUUCGAUCUUAUUUAUCUAUUAUUAAAAUUGUAAUUCUGAUAAUUUCUAUAAAAUGGAAAUCGAUUAAGUAUCAUAUUAAUAUACCUCAUUCAAAAUUUAUGACAUUUCAAACAAGAAUGAUGAUAAAGUAAACUCUACUUACAAUUAAAUAGAGUAUAUCAAUAUCUGCAAUAAGUGGAGACAUAAUAUUCUUUAUAGCGAUAAAAUUGUGUAUUACAACUAGGAAAUUUUGAGUUAGCCUUACUUCUUGGAUUAGGUUAAUUCAACAAUAUUGAAGGAAUUUUUAUUUUGCAAAGGACAUCAAUUUAUUUUGUAUAUAGAUAAUGAUAGAUAGUAAUUGAAAUUUGAUGACUUUGAUUUAAAUGUUAAUUUUAGUCAUUAUAUAAAUUCUUUUUGGAUAGACAAAAUUUUAGUUUUGCAUCGUAAAGAUUAAAUAAUUGCUAUAAUAAAUGAUUAAAUACAACAGAAAAUAGACAUAACCAUUUCUUAAUUGGUGCCAAUAAUUAAUUCUACUUAUAUCUUUGGACUUUACUAAGGACAAUUAAGGCUAUUUAAAAUGUAACCUCCAACGCAUUACCAUUCAUUUAAUGUUUCAUAGAAAAUAAUAUAUUUGAUUUUUUAAAGACUUUACAACCUAUUUUAAUUCAACUUAGGGUAAUUGAACAUAGAAGUACUAAAUGAAAGUGAGCCUAGAAUAAUGGUUAAUAAAUAAGAUAUUAAUAUUUUUUAACUCACAACUGAAGAAAUCUGCUUGGAAUAAGCUUAAAUAUCAAAAAAUUUGCCGAUAAAUAUAAAGGCUAUUAAAGAAGGUGGAAAAUCUUAUUCAAUUAAGUCUCAAAACACAGAGGCAUACUUCAUGAAUUUUGAUGAAGACUCAAAAAUAUUGCAUUUUUAGAAAUUAAAUGAUUUAACAAACGUUUUGAUAUCAAUUUAAUCCAAUAAUUUAGUCAAUUUAGUGUUUUGCAAAUUUGGUAAAGUUAUAUAAAAAUAUAAAAUAAAAAUACUGCCAAAUUAUAUUGAUAUUAGCAUAUUUUAAAAAACAAAUAUCCUGAUCUUUAGUGAGGAUUGCAUUCAAUAUUAUAAGAUUGAAAAUCCAGCAUAAAUUUUAUAAAAAUAGAUUCCAUAAAUAAAGAAAAUAAUAAAAGUGAAUAAUUAUCACAACGAAAUUGUUAUUUUGUAUGAUGAUUGUAGCAAAUCAAACCUACUCUGGAUUUUUGAAAAUAACCUUAUAAUAAGAGAAUAAAAAUAUUAAUCCUAUAAUUGUACUUAAACAUAAUUAAUUAAUUUGUUUAGUUUUGAAAAUGAAAUUAUCUAUAGAUCUACUUGGAUAGAGAAGUAUGUGUAGGAAGGGAAAGUGGUGAAGAUUUUGGAAGAUGUAGAGUAGAGUCUAUAUCUAGUAAUUGUAGAAGUAGGAAAUAGAUUGAUACUCAAAUUUUUUCGCUAUUUUAAAAAUGACUUCACUUUUAUGUACAAUGUUCCUGCCUACAAUUUUAUAUUUGAACUUUCUGCCACUUAUAAAUUCCAAAGCGGUUAUUUGAUGCUAAAUGCCAAAAAUUAAGGUAAAACGUUUUUGCUAGUAUAUUAUUUAAAAAAUUAAGCCAUUAAUUCUCUAAUAUAUGUUACUGAAAUUGAUUCGUCGCCCUAAUUUUUUUCAUACUAUGAUAUAGGCAGCAAAAAAAUAGCAUUUUUAAGAGAUAGAAAAUUCUAAUUUAGUAUUUUACAUUAGAUUUGUAUGAAUUACACUUUUACUCAAUAAGGUAGCAUCAUAUAGGUUAAAUAAGUCUCGUUGGUUUUAAACACACUUAUCAAUAAUUUGACUACCUUCCUAGACGUGAUGAUUUUUAGUUUAUAUAGAGAUUACUCGCUUAGUUUAUUGAAUUAGAAGAUGAGAAUUAUAAAAAAUUAAGAUCUUAUUGAUUGGAAUUCGAUCACAGGAAAUAUUGUAAAUUUUAAAGUUUAAUCAUCUUAAAAUAUUACCAUAAAUGUACCUCUGAAUAUUACAUAAGAGUACUUUUCAUGUUUAUAUUUUGAAUCUAAUAUUUGUUUAAGAGAUAAAUAUACAAUUGAAAUAAAAUCUCUUAACAUAAAAAAUUGUUUUACGUUUUAAAUUACUGAUAGCUAAAUUAAAAAGAUUGUUUUUAAUUAAGAAUCUCUCACCUAUUCAAUCUUUUCGAAUGAAAUUAAUUUUGUCUAAAAAUUUAUAGUAUAAGUGAACAAAGAUAAGCCAGAUGAAUUUACACUAAUCAAAUUGGAACUAUCUACACAAUUAAUUGAUUAGGUUUGGAAGAUAAAAGGGAUCAAGGAAAUUGAUGUAAUUUUUAUGUCAAACAAAUUAGAUGUAUUCAUGUAUUACAACAACUGCUAAAUAUUUGGUUUGUUUAACAAUCUUGCUGUUUAUUACCUAUUUGAUGGAGCUUAGCUAUCAAAUAAUAUAUAUUUAUUUUUACAUUGGAACUACUCAUAUAUUUAAAUAUCAGUUGUUUCAUUUAAUAAUAUUUAAUUAGGUUCAUAAUGUUAAUUGAAGUGGGAUAUUAUAUAGUAUCAUGAUAUUAAAAUUUAAAAAAAAAUCGAAAAAAUAUACUCACAUCAUUUUCAUAAGGAAUUAAAGUAGCUAUAGAUCAUUAAUUUAGAAAAAAGGGAAGACUUAUUUUUCAUUAAGAUUGCUUUGAUUUAUAAGCAUUACUUUACUUUAUUAUAUGAAGUUUCCUUCAAUCAAGUUAGUUAUGAUAAUCUAGUAAUUGAAUCAUAUCGAUUUCUAAGAUAUGAAUUCAACACUCUAUUUUUGGAUUUACUUUACGCAGAUAAUAAUUUCUUAGUUUUGACACUCUAAAAGGACUCCUAAGAAUAUAUUCAUGUGUAUGAUAUCAAAGGGGAUAUGAAGUAUAAAGAUUACUUGGAUAGUAUUUAGAGAAUAGAAUCAUUUAAGUAUAAAAAGAUAGAGAAAUUUAACGAAUCUCAUUAUGUUAUUUAUAGUGCGAAUAGUGGUGGAGUCUACUUUAUGACUUUAAAUCCAUUUAAAAUAGAGUGUUAAGGUCAAUGCAAUGAAACAGCAAAUUUAAUACUCACUAAUGAUGUAUCAAGCUUAAGUUUAGAAAUAUAAUUUAAAAAUUCGUCACUUUUUAAUGUUGAAUUUACAAUCAAAUCAGAAAUCCUUCUAGCUAAUCUGAUAUUUAUCUUGAUUAUGUUGAAACUAGAAAAAAGAGCAAAAGAAAUUUAAGUAAACCAGUAUAAGAUAGGAAUUGAAUGA